UAGAUAUAGUCAUCAAUGCCAUCCAUGUUGUCAUCCAAACCCCAAAGCUGACAGAAGCUGUUGAGAGUCCUCAGAACACGCCCUCUCUUUGUGUCCUGAACAACAUCCCAGGAACUGGAUCCAAAAAGACUCCCAGUCGACUUCUUUGCAGAGGAAAACCAGAUACUGUCUCGUAGAGAAUAGUUACUGCAUCACUGUGACAUCUUCUCAGUCUUUGGACUCUGUCGGUCCGGUGUAUCUCAACAUGGAGGGGAACUACGUCAGGCAUGUGGAGCUGUUGGGCUUCGAGAAACGUCUUUACCCGAGUCAGCACUAUGUGUACAUGCUGAUGGUGAAAUGGAGCGACCUCUCUGAGAAGCUGAUCUACAGGACGUAUCCUGAGAUCCACACCUUGCACAAAUCGCUGAAGGAGAUGUUUCCCAUCGAGUCUGGUGAAAUAGAAAAGAGGGACAGAAUCAUCCCUUCAUUACCAGCGCCACGUUGGCUGGACAGCCAGAAGUCGACAGAAACCAGGCAGAGCACCUUAGCGGAGUACUGCCACUCUCUCAUCAACCUGCCGCCACACAUCUCCCGCUGCAAACUACUCACCACCUUCUUCAAGGUCCGACCCGAGGACGAAAACCCACCUGCCCCAAACACACUGAAAAGAAACGAGACGUUUGUGGUGUCCAGGGAGUUGGCCAGAGGCAACGCAUCUGAGAUUUCUGGUCCCAUCAUAUUGGACACCUACAGAGUGGUCGCAGACUUCGAAAAGACGUCCAAACACGAGAUCGAUCUGCACACCGGAGACCUGGUGGAAAUUGUGGAGAAAAAUCAGAACGGUUGGUGGUUCUGCCAGUGUGAGUCUAAACAAGGCUGGGUUCCUUCGUCCUACUUGGAGCCUCUGGACGGACCGGAGGAGGCCGAAGAAGCUGAACCAAACUAUGAAGGAGAGCUGCACGUCACCAUCAAAGCCUACAAGGCAGAGCAGGAGGACGAGAUCUCUCUGGAUCUCGGUGAAACCAUCGAGGUCAUUCACAAGCUGCUGGACGGCUGGUGGGUCGUCAGGAAAGGAGAUGAGACCGGUCAUUUCCCCUCCAUGUUCCUGCAGAAGGCCGGCAAGAGAGAGAAAUACGAAGCCGAGAGGUUGAACCUGCAGGGACAGAAACCACCACCUCGCAGGUCCACCAUCCGAAAUGCAAAGAGCAUCCACAAGAAGCCUCGUCAGCAGCUCAGCCAGGACGCCUACCGCAGGAACAGCCGCCGAUACCUUCAGCAGAAGGGCGGCCACCUUGCCGUGCCGCACAGGAACUCCAGGAACGCUGAAAAGUCACCGCUGAGGGAGAGGAAGAACCAGGAAAACAUUCCCGAGCAGUCUGGCUCCAGUUCGGAGAGCGAGCUGAAGAAGGAGGCUCCGGUCAUCCCUCCCCGACCCAGUCCGGAGCUCAUUCUGGAGCGCUGCAGCGACAAAACCCGCAAGAAAGUCAGCAUCCACAAGUCACGCUCCAGCUCCACCAGCUAGCACUGGAUUCACCGUAUGUCGUAAAAGUCUCAGUAGAAUAGCCUUUUGAGAGCUUUUUUUUCUUUCUUUAUUUGUUGUAGACGGUUCAAACACAAGUGUAAACCAAUGGGAGAUCAGUCAGAGGGAGAAAGGCAAGAGGUCAUUUGAGUAAAAGUUACGGAAUUUAGAAAGUACUAAGAAAAUAAAUAGGCUAA